AAAGAUCCCUAACUAUAGGGACCAAUUUGUUCACUCUGCGCAUGUGAAGGGCUUUACCUCGAAAACAAAAAUAUUUUGGGUGCAUAAUGAUACGUCGACGUUCUACUGGCAAAUCCGUAGUAAAACGUCGUCGUCUCAGUUGUGUCGUCUUCUUCAAUUCAAAGCCCUAAACCCCGGCAGGGGAGGGAAGAAAAUCAGAACUUUCUCGGAUACCAAACAUAUCAAAAAGAUUGAAUUCACGAAAUGCAGAGUCUAAGACCAUGGCGGCCUUGUCUUUGGGAGGUCUUGAAUCGUCCAUGGAAUGUAAAACAUCCAAACCUAAGGGCGAUUUCUUCUGCAGCUUCAGAUUACCCAAACCAGUCUCGCGGUCGCCUUCCUCGGUUCUUUUCCGAAACCAUCCCUUCUUCCAAGGGCGGUGUUGUUCGUGUGCAAGGCGAUGAAUUUUGGCAUAUGACUAAAGUUUUAAGAUUGAAGACGAAUGACAGGGUAGAGCUCUUUAAUGGGAAAGGAGGUCUGGUAGAAGGUUGCAUUCAGAACAUUGACCGCGCUGCUUUAGAUUUUGUGGCACUGGAAAAUCCAAAGUUAGUUCUUCCACAGAGCACACAGUGGCAUGUAUUUUCAGCAUUUGGUACUCUCAAGGGUGGUCGAGCUGAUUGGCUUGUUGAGAAAUGCACAGAACUGGGAGCCAGUAGUUUAACCCCUCUUCUGACAGAACGUUCUUUUGCAAUCUCAGAAAAUCGGGUGGACAGAUUGCAACGUGUCAUUUUAGCAGCAGCUAAACAAUCUCAGCGGUUGCAUGAAAUGAAACUGAAUCCUCCAAUGAAGAUUGAUGGCCUUCUACCUCUUGUUGCCAAGUCAAAGCAAUGUUUUACAGCCACAGCAGAAGCUACUCCUCUUAUUCAUGCAUUGACUUCAGUGAGAGAUGAAUCGAGUGGGGACAGUGGGCUGAUAAUUGUUGGACCAGAAGGGGACUUUACAGCUAAAGAGAUGAGGAUGAUCCUGGAGGCAGGUGCUACUGCUGUUGGUCUUGGGCCACACCGCUUACGUGUUGAAACUGCAACAAUAGCUCUUUUGGCAACUGUUAUGUUAUGGUCUGACUCACAGCAGAUGGUCAGCCCAUGAGCACCUGUGCUGGUACAGCUAAUAGUUUUUCUCUUGGUCAGCCUUCUAACUUGCAUCUCAUCUCACAAUCCUUAGUGUCUAUAUUAGAUUCAGAAUUGGGGAUAUGGCAUAUGAGCUAGGGGACGAUAUUUUCUUUUUGUUUGCUUCAAAUGACAUCAGAAGUUCUGAAAGAGAAAAUGGAGGUAGGAUGUAUAUGAUUCUUUCCAGAAGUCAUUUAACUUGCAUCAUUGGUUUUGUUUAAUAUUCCUCUUCCCUCUAUGUAUUUUCAAGCAGGCAUGCAUUGCAUAUUUCUAUUGCUUGUCAGGCUAAAGAAGACAAAUGGCUGCACUUCUGUCCACUUUAUAAUCAAACUGUUAACUGCCUGUAUACUACAUGUCCAUGCUUGUCCAAAAUAUUGCUUCUGUUUCUGAAAUGUUAAAUUCUAAAUAAAUAAAUAAAUAAAUGUUUAAUCC